ACUCAAGCAGAACUGAUACUUCCAAUGACAUGAGAAGGGAGGAGACUAUCUGUCAGAAAGAUCUUAGCGGAGAGGUUAACAUAUCCAUUCCCAGCCAGGAGCCGGCAGCUUUUGGGAGGGAGUUAAAUGACUUUCAGUUCAACUUUAGCCCCAUAAACUUGGCGGAUGAAAUCUUCACAAGCGAGCACUGGUCCAAAUUCUCGUCCCACGAAAAAAGACUGAGUUCCAUGAAAGCUCCAAGUCCAUCUGACCCAAAGGUGCCAUCCUGGAUUCAGGAGGAUGUUCACAAUGGUGAAAUGAAGACCGAAAAGCAAGCAGACCAAUCAGGGUUCAGAACACAUGAUGGCAGUUCAAUAGGAAAGAGCAGCACUCAGGAAAAUACUUUUGAGGUUUCACCACUUGUUGUGCCAGUCAGUGGUGGGAAUGCAAAUGAGGUAAACAAGGCUAUGUCUGAAGUCUGGAAUUCAGCUCCAUCAUGCUUUGAACAAGACCAUGAAGAAUCAAAGGAGGCCAUACCAAGGAACCUUUCCUUUGAUGUCUUACCGCCAGUCAAAGUCCUGGAUAAUUCUGCCCUGAUGAGCCGGGUCUAUCUCAACCGGAAGAGGCUGCACCUCACACGAGAACAAAGCAUCAGUAAUGAAGGGGAGCAGCACCUGGUGUUCAGGGACUCCACAGGGUCGCCACAUGAAGGUUCCACAUCAGAGAUGCAGACAGUGGAGUCGCAGGAUCAGGACUCUGAUGCCUGUUCAUGUCUUGAAACCGUCGCCAAAAAGAGAAAGUUGCGGGACCCCACAGAGGACACCCGUCACGUCCACUUUGCCGAGGUGCUGGUGACAGACAUUCCCUCCCUGCCAUACUAUGAGGCACAGAACGUGUCCCUCCCCAGGUGGAUCGUGGCCAUGAAGAAGAAGAGCAGGAGGAGAAAUAGCAGAUUACUCCAAGAUGCUUUUCAUGAUUUCGAACAUGGUUAAGAACGGCGCCAUAAGACAUUAAUUCUGCUGCUUCUGUGGGCCACGUAAUUUUUCUCUUUGUGAAGCACAGAACGAUAUCAACUGUUACAAAUCUGAAGUACAUAUCAGAAGCUGAAGUAACCAGUGCUUGCGUGAUUAGAUGUUUUCAUCUACCACAUACAGGACUAAGUUGAAAUACAGCACUGCACAAGACUCUCGGAAAGUUUAAAGCUAUUUAUCUGGGUAAAAACUAUAUAUUUGUUCAGAACAGAAAUAGAAUUUAACAUAAGAGCUUGCGAAAAUCAAGAGUAACACAGAAACUAACAGGAAUUUCUUCUGUUCGCCAGAAAGUUACUUGUUGGAUGACUAGAAGAUUUCUUGUUGAUGUAUUGUUGGGUGGCUACAAAAAUUAUCUUUCAGUUCCUAAAACCUUCCACAGGGGCAAACCAGCCAUUCCUUGUAUUUCUUUUUAAUUUCUCCCAGCCCAUUUAGGGACUGGGAGAACAAGAGAUGAUCCAGGGAACGGCGGUUCGACAUGGGGGAAACUUUAUUUCAAACAGAAUGUGCAAGAAAGGACCAUGUGGGGUCAAAACCAUGGUCAGAAGGGCAGAGAUACAUAAAGGACCAGGGCUAUUCCGAACACAUGGUUAGGUAGGGUAAACAGGAACAAAGAGACACUAAUGACGAAAACAAGUACAUCACAAGCAUAACCUAAUACAGCACUCACGUCUACAGUGGCUGACAAAGGAACAGGGCGGGGAUCAGCACACAUAUACUCUGCUAACGAUGGCUAAAUGAGGGACAGGUGAUUAAAGUGAACUAUUGUAAUAACCCACACAAGACAAGGAAGGAAAUGGGAUGGCCAGCGACAUCUGCUGGCCAAAGCAGAACAUGACAGACAUGGAAAGAACAGAUCCUGACAGAUUUGCUGCAAAUACUAGGGUGACUUUUGGAGACGUUUUAAGACCAUUUAAACAUUUUCUUUUGCAGAAUACUGUAGGUAUAUUAUUUAAAAAGUUACACCCAAUAACCACUUUAUUAGUUAUACCUAGCUAGUACCUGGUACGACUCACUUUUGCCUCCAAAAAUAAAAGGUGUUCACGAAAGGUAAAAAAAAAUAUAUAUAUGGUAAUUUUAUUGCACUUAAACUCUAGACACUGUAUUUUGUGUUAAAAUCUCAGGAGGAUUUGGUCCUUGGGGACCCACAGACAGUUCAUGUGUUUGCCCCCUCCCAGCUCCUGGUAGGGGAGGGAGAAAAAAAAUGGACUGGUAGGGAACUCAGAGGGAGCAAAAACAUGGACCGACUGUGGGCCCCCGAGGACCGGAGAUGGGAAACACCAUCUUAAAAAAUUCGAGGUGUUUCAAGUGCAGGUGGGGGGUGGGGGGCAUUUGUAUGCUUUGGCCCUACCAUGAUUAAGGUGCUGGAUGCAAAUAAAUUAACUAAGUUUC